UUCGCCAAAAAAUAUCAGUUGUUUAUUUCGCGUUGUGUAUGGUAUUCGUAUUCGAUUUUUCGGUCAUGUAAAUGUCGUAGUUUUAAACGGGCAUAUCCCUACUUUAAGUUCGUAUUUCUUGAUAGGAACGCAUUGUUAUUUCAAAGUGCAAUCGUUUUAAAUCUGUGAUAAAUAAAUUAGGGUAGCCAGAAAAAGCUUUUUUUUUAUUUUUCGAGGGCAAAAUAAAACUAUUAAAAAUGUCCAUAACUAUGACAAGAAAAGUAAGUGAAUGCCAAGCAGAGACUGUUCAGUUUAUGGCUAUAGAAAAAGUAAAAGAUACAUGCACACAAGAAACAGAAUGUUGCAAUGGUACAACUCUGCUCCAUAGAGGGAAAAAAUUAGAGGAUAAUAAUAAUUUAACGAAAGAAGAUAUUGAAUACAUAAAUUAUAGACAGCUUCUUAAAUAUGAACAAGCUCCUGAAUAUUUACAACAUAAUCCUUUUAUCAGAGAUGGUUACCGCAAGUUAUUGCCAACAAGACUGUGUUGGGAGAGCAUAUUCUGGUGGACGAACGAAACGAUGAACAUAUGGACGCACAUAUUCGGUUUCUUCCUAUUGCUAUCGUUAACAAUCAACGAUCUGGCGAUCAUCAACAUCCACGCUACGGUCACGGAUAAGACGGUCGCGGGUAUUCUGUUCUCUUGUUUUCUAAUAUGUAUGGCGCUGUCGGCCCUCUACCAUACGUUCUCGUGUCGAUCGGAGACGGAUUACAACACGUUCCUAAUGUAUGAUCUCUUUGGGAUAGCUCUCUCACUACUCGCAAUCUACACUUCGGGAGUUUACUAUGCGUUCUGGUGCAAUCAUGGUCUUAAAGCAUUCUACAUGAUGUCGGUGACGCUGAUCUUCACGGUUGCGAUGGUGCUGCAGAUCCCUCGUCUGCAAGUGCCGUAUUUGGUGAAGAUGUGUGUGUUCAUCGGCUGGGCUGCGUACGGUGUGGUGCCAACCAUGCACUGGACUUAUGUUAUGGGCGGUUUUAACAAUCCUAUGGUCCAGAUGUUCUUCCCUCGCGUCAUAGGAAUGUAUAUUAUCAGUGGGACAGCCUUCGCCAUAUACGCCUUCAAGAUACCCGAACGUUGGUUUCCCGGUAAGGUCGACUAUAUUGGCCAUUCCCACCAAUGGUGGCACGUGCUCGUGCUCGGAGCUCUCUACUACUGGCACAACACCGCGAUGAUGUACGUCCAGUACCGCAUGAACCACGGCUGCGCCAACAACAUGAGAAUAUUCUAAAACAUUCCAGAACAAUCGGGAACAUUCUAGAACAUUCCAUAUUCAAAUUGUAGAAGACUCGAUGUCUCGCGUAGCGACAUCUAUGUGCGCGAAUAGAAAACAAAGUUUCGUAGUUCAAAUUAGCUGCAAUAGGUGGCGUUAAACAAUAAUGGCUCAAAUUGCUCAAAUUAUUACUAUAAAGUAGCACUUUUUUGUGCCUUUGAUAGUUUUUAAUACAUUAUGAUGCUAUAUUUUGUAAGGUCUGAUAGAAUAAAAUUUAAUUGUUGCAAAUUAACCAUAAAUUGAAUGUUUAUUUAUGUUAUUUACGUUUACCUGAUUAAUGUUGUGUCUUGAGCAGUUAGUUAUUACAAACAGUUAUUUUUGUUAGUUAACCUCCUCAUUUUGAAUAUUAUAAGUGAAAUAAUUAUACUUUAAAGUGACCUGAGAUAAUUGUCAUUUACUUUUUUUUAAUGAUAAAACAAGACUUUCGGAAAAAAAUAAACUAGGAAUUUAUCAAUUUUCUCAUUAUUGGUGCGAAAUCAACGUAUACGAAUUUAAAUAAUUAAAAUGUAAUUGAUAUGAAUUCACAAAUUAGAUUUAUAUCACUUUUUUACCUCAACUGUUAAUUAAUAAUAGGAAUGACAUGUAGCAUUUAAGUAUGUAUUUAUUUUUAUGUUGUAUUUUUAUAUUAUCAAUUAGAAAAAUAAUUAAUGUAUGAAUUAUUGUAAUAGAUCUGAUUUAUUGUUCUCUUUUUUAGCAUUUAUUUCACCUGUGAUGUUUGUUUUCCGCUUGAAUUCUGUAUUUUGAUUAGCGCGUCGGAUUCAUAUUUUUCAUUUUAAUUUUAACGAUUCUUUUGUGUUUAAAUUUCACUGGUAUAAAGAUAUCGACGAUACGACUUACUUGAUCAUACUCAAAAUUAGAAUUUUUAGUAAUUAUAAUUGUUUAAUAAAAUCAGUAUUUUUACCUAAUAUAAUAUACAAUACAUAUAAUAUAAAAUAGUUUUUCAAGUGGAAUUUUCGUGUGUGUCUUAAUUUUUUAUACGAAUUGUUUAAUGGGUGGAAACGGGAAUAAUUAAAUAAAAUAUACCUUUUGA